GAAGUGACGUCGAGGACGCGCAUGCGUGGACCGAUCGGGUGAUAAAGCAGAUGGCGUCUGACGGAGAAGGCCUAAACGCGGUCAUUAUAUUUCUGUAUUCUUACAUAUAUGUUGUUUAAUAGAGUACACACAGUUAAUAAUUGUUUGUAGCCGGAUACAUUAGUCUGAGCGCACUUUGACACUUCUCCUGUUUGCUAGCUUCACUUAAGGUAGCUUGCAGCUAGUUUAGCUGGCUAGUUAGCUUAGCUUGUUAGCUGCUAACAAAGAGACGCGGAAGUUAUUUAAACAUCGCUAAGUAGGGAACUAAUGUGAGUGUAAAGUGUUGUGAUUGUGUGAAAAUGUGCGAAAGAACGAUGGCAAAGUAUGAGGAGGAACUUUGUCCAACAAAAAAGGAGGACGAGCGUCAACAUCAACUACUGGAUGUUUAUUAUAAGAAACAUCAUCAAGUUGUGUUACACAGAACAGAUGUCUGUGAAGAAGAACUUCUGUCUGAAAAACAGGAGUGUAGCUUCAAGAUGGGGAAGGAAGAUCAUUCAAGGAGGACGACCAGGUGCCAUGGACCCUCUGGCGUCUCCUUUUCCUCUUUGACACAGACCCUUUCCUGUAAAAAGGAAGAGGAAAACUCACUGACCCCCCACUUUAAAGAGGAAGAAGAGGAACACAGCAUCAGUCAGGAGGGAGACAAUCUUGAAGGAUUGGUGGAGUUCCCAGUGAUUUGUGUUCAAGUGAAGAGUGAAGAUGAUGAGGUCAGAGGUGAAAGUGAGGAGAAGAGAGAGGCGGAGCCUCCAAGCAGCAGCUCAACACAACACAUGACAACAGAAGCUGAUGGAGAACACUGUGGAGGAUCACAAGCAGACAAGCUCUUAGCUCCACUAUCAGAUAGUGAGGACACAACGUCACACUCUCCUGACACUGAUGAUGAAGACUCUAAAGAUGAUAAGACAUGUCACACUGACAACACUCACUUGAAAUGUUCUCACUGUGACCAAAGCUUUAAAAACCAUAGUCAUCUGAAAAGACACAUGAGGACACACACUGGAGAUAAACCUUUUUCUUGUUCAAUAUGUGGCUUAUCUUUUACAAGGAAGGACAAUAUGAAAGAUCACACAAGAACACAUAAAGGAGAAAAACCUUUUUCAUGUUCUUUGUGUGAUUCGAGGUAUGCACGUAGUCGAGAUUUGAAAAAACACCUGAAAAGACACACUGGAGAAAACCUUUUCAACUGUUCUUUGUGUAAUUCAAGUUUUGUCGAAGAUGAACAUUUGAAAAGACACAUGAGAACUCACACUGGAGAAAAACCUUUUACCUGUUCACUUUGUAGUAAAGGUUUUGCACAAAGUCACAAUUUAAAAGUACACAUGAGAACACACACUGGUGAAAAACCUUUUUCCUGUUCAACCUGUGGUAAAGGUUUUACACACAAUCAGAGUUUGAAAGAACACAUGACAAUACACAGUGGAGACAAACCUUUUUCCUGUUCAAUUUGUGGUGAAGAUUUUGUACGUCGACAGUCUGUAAAAGUACACAUGAGAACGCACACUGGUGAAAAACCUUUUUGUUGUUCAAUCUGUGGUAAAACUUUUACAGAAAGCCGUUGUUUGAAUCGACACACAAGAUCGCACACUGGUGAAAAAGCUUUUUCCUGUUCAAUCUGCGGUAAAGGUUUUACAGAAAGUCAAUAUUUGAAAGUACACGAGAAAACACACACUGGUGAAAAACCUUUUUUCUGUUCAAUCUGUGGUAAAGGUUUUACAGAAAGUCAGAAUGUGAAAAGACACAUGAGAACACACACUAGUGAAAAAUCACAUUCUUGUUCAAUCUGCAACAAAAGCUUUUGUGAACGAUCAUACCUUGUAGCACACAUGAGAACUCACUCAGGAGAGAAAGUGUUGAGUUGCAGUGUGUGUGGUGAAAGAUUCUCUUAUAAGUACCAGUGUGAGAAACACAAGUGUGCUGGUGAGAACAGCAGCAGCUGCAAAUGAAACUGCAGGAUUUGAAAUAGACUGUCAAGACUUUAAUUUUGACUUAGUAACAAAAUCAGCACAUAUAACAUAUGUGACAUUGUUUUUUGUGUAACAAUCUUUUUAAUAUGCUUCUACAUUCAUAGAUUAGAUAUUUUAUAUUAGCGCUUUUUUCAGUCAAGUACAUGCAUUAAUAUGCAAUAUUGUGUAUGUAAAAUACAACUUGUAUUAAACAUUGAAAAGAACAAUUUGACUGAAAAGGUGAGAGUAAACAGUACAGGACAUAUUUUACAUACAAUAAACAUUUUAUGUUUUUGUAUUCAUCAUACAAUUUUAGACAAAAUUGUGUUGUUAUAGGUGUUUGAAAUAUUGAAGUAUUACAUAUUUGUAUUUCUAAUUGUUAAUAAUACUAUAGAUUAGCACCUUUAUGAUAUACAUAUGUACUGGUUCACAUCUAAAACAUCUUCUGGACCACUUCAGGAAACAUAUUAUUAUUUACUUUAUAUAUCAUUUGAACAGUUGUCAUUUAUACAAUUUUAACAUGUGUAACUUUACGAAUAAUUUUCUAGGUCUUUAGAAUCCAUUUUAUUAAUUAUCUUUGUUACUCUCUUUAGUAAUAUGUUGAUAAUGUUGUGAUUGUUUUAUAUGUAUGUACUUAGACCUUUAUGCAAUAAUAAAAAGG